AUGCAUCAAAUGUUCGCAAGUUUCCAGAGAAUGGGCGUCUCUUGUAAAGCCUUCCACGAUGAGAGGAAUGCGAGUGCAAUGUGCGUCCAGCUCUUCCACGAGCUCAUGGACGACCCGCUGCGAAAGAGGGAGUUUCACAAGAUGUCACUCCGGGAGUUCGACCUCGGGGCCCACCAAGCCGUGACGCGAAACGACCAGGAAAUGAUUGUGGAGGCGCAGAAGACAGAGAAGCGAGAUCCGCUGGAGAUGACUUUUGACGAACGGCGUCACGUUCAGUUCAUUUCCCCUUUUAUGCCUACUGAGUGGUUGAGAAGUUUCAACCCUGUCUUCAGCGUCUUCCUCUCCGAUGGCGAGUUUGGCGAGCAGAGCGAGGGGACCAAAGUUGCCAAGGGUGGCUCGGGUGUCUUCGGACCAUCCGAUAUCUUUAGGGCGCCUCGGGGAGUCUGCAGCGAGAACUGCGAGUCGGGCAAGAUGUCCCUGGUGCAGUCGAGCGUCGCUAGGCGAAAGGAGCACCACAAGUCCGGCACUGAUCUGCUGAACACAGUGCUGCGGCAGGUCUUUUGGGACCUGGGCUCCCCGAGAUCCUGUAGCCGAGUUCCUGAAAACGCAGUUACCGUCAACAGCGUGGCGUGCGACGAUGAUCCCAGUUGCACCAUCCAGGUCCACGCAAACCCUAGUCCUGACACUGUGCAGCAGGUGCGUGCCACGGCCAGAAGCCAUCACCUGGACCUUCGGGCUGUGCAUGCCAUAAGGAAGCCGAAGGACAUGCUGGUUUCGGCCUAUUGCUACACCAAGCGAGGACAAGAGGCGGGCGACAGAGCGUUCGCAAACUUCCCCUGGGCGGAAUUCUUGUCCAAUGGUCCAGCUCAGGGUAUGAUGAUUCUCUGGAAUUGGGAAAUGCACGAGCAGUUUAGCUACAUGGUUGACAUGUUUGUCAGUACGACCCCGCUUGAGACUUUCACGAUGCGCUAUGAAGAAGUGACAAAGUCUUCGGCCGACUUCGACAAGAUCAUUCAACGACUCCUUGGCCACUUCUUCGAUGGCUUGGUCUCCAAGGCUGUUCUGCGAGAGCUCGCGGAGGGUGCCAAAUUGGCGGACUUGCAUCGAUACCCUGAGUCCGACGGCGCACACACGAAUGACCCCGACUGCAUGGCGACAGCGAACGCAGCGCUACUGUCGCUGGAUUCUGAAAUUCUGGAGCAGCUUAGGGCCUGGCAGGCGCAGCUGGGAUACUCCAUAGAGAACUGGCCAGACCCCGUCAUCGGCUAG